AUGGUGGUUAAAGUGUAUGGCCCGGCCUAUGCAGCUUGCCCGCAAAGGGUUUUGGCUUGUCUUCUCGAGCUCGACUUGGAAUUUGAGCUAAUUCCACUCGAUCUCGAAUCCGGAGAACAGAAAAAACCCGAUUUCCUACUAAGACAGCCCUUUGGUCAAGUUCCAGCCAUAGAGGAUGGUGAUUUUAGACUUUUCGAAUCUAGGGCAAUAAUCAGGUACUACGCAGCAAAAUGCGCAAGUGAUGGUGGAACAAACCUUAUGGGAAACACAUUGGAGGAGACUGCCCUAGUGGACCAAUGGCUCGAAAUAGAAGUCAACAACUACAAUCCCCUAAUUUACACAAUGGUCCUCCAACUUUUGGUUUUGCCUCGCAUGGGCCAAAAGGGCAACAUGGAAUUAGUCCGCGAAUGCAGGGGCAAAUUGGAGAGAGUACUCGACGUGUACGAGGAGAGGUUGUCGAGGAGCAAGUACUUGGCUGGGGACAGGUUCACCCUAGCCGACCUGAGCCACUUGCCCAACACGAGGUUCUUGAUGGAAGAAGGAGGAAUGAAGGAUUUGAUCCAAGGGAGGAAAAACGUGUAUUCGUGGUGGCUCGAUAUUUCUAAUCGACUAUCUUGGAGGAAAGUGAAGGAGCUCAUUGAAUGA